AUGACAAAUCCCCAGUCCAAUGAUUUUGACUACGACGAUGAAUUCUUCAUGAACGAAGUGACAGACGAUGAGCGAGACAGAUCAGAUAGUAUGGUCUUUAUUGAAGCCGAUUCGAUUGAUAAGGACAGUUUGACCUAUAAAAAGGAAGUUGCCUCCAUCCCAGCCUUAAGCCAGCGAUCCACGAACGAACCACACGCGGAAGGCUCCACUUCAGAAAGCGAUGAGGACAUUAUAAUUACAAGCGAAUCAAUGACCGUCUCAGGACUUGCAAACCGUGGAUCCUCAGUCUCAAGACGACUUAGAAGCGAAACUGCUAAAUUGGCUAGCGACAACCGAUCGGCUCCACUACUGCCAGCAACCAGAAGUAAGCGUCGAAAGUUGACAAGCAAUGUAAGACAGCCACCACCAUCUAACGGAAAAGCAUCCUCAGCUUCAUCGGAAAAGAAGAAGUCUGCCAGGUUGGGGAAAUCUAAAGAUUGCGAGAACGAAGAACCGCAAAGACUUUACAACGUCAAAUUUCUGUCACGGCUCGAUGGCUCAAUUGGAAGGAUUAUUGAAGUGAAAGUCUUGGGCGACCGUGAAUUCAGCAGUAUACUAGAGUCUGUUCUUGAUGGAUUCGUCAAAGAAUGUGACGGUUGCGAGGACCUAGACAAGCCCCACAAUGCUGACAAUGUGACGUUGUACUGGAAUAAUGCAAAGCUCUUGAAAUUUAUGACCUGUGACUCUCUGCGGAUUCAUAGAGCAUCUGAAGGAGAGAUUGUUCAUAUUGAGAUCACAAUGGUACACCGGGAGCAGGAACAAGAGUACGAGGAGCGAUUGAGAUCAAGGCUCGUGGGGUUGGGAAAUGGCGCUAGAAGCGUCUUGUAUGAUGGAACUGGUCUGCUAGCCAACGAAGUUGAAGACUCUAAAAACCAAGGAAUGAAUAAGUUGAUAGAGAGUAGCAAUACUUCAUCGCUUAAGAACCUGGUGUCGGAGGAUUCUGAAAAAGAGUCCAAUUCGGCUGCAAUAAAGCUUGCCCUAGUUGGGCAGGAUAAUAAGAAGCUUUAUGUGCAGGUAAGGCCGUCAACGCCGUUCGCAAAGGUGGCAGACUACUACAGAUCGCAAAAGUCGCUUCCCGCUACAACGCAGGUUAAGCUUAUGUUCGACCACGAAGAGCUUGAUCUGAAUGGAACAGUCGUAGAGCAAGACAUGGAGAAUGGCGAUAUGCUCGAGGUUCUCUUGUGA